AUGCUCCAAAUACAUGAAAGUCGUGCUUUACUUUUUAAAAAAACUUCAGUUAUUUCUAAUUCAGUUUCUACUGAAGAAUCAAAAGGUGCUGUCGAAGCGCUUAGAGAUGCACUGAAAAUAGCUGCACAUCCGGAGAAUUUAGUUGUUUUGAAAGCAUGCUGUAAAAAAACGAUGCCAUUGAAUCAUUUUGAAAUGGGUAUGCUGUCCAGUAAAAAUGGUACAGUUGAUGCUGCUGUACGAGCACUACGACUGAUCCAUCUGGAAAAUUUGCGUGAAGUACAGACCAAAAUAAAUGAAGCCGUUGUAGUGGUACAAGAGUUGACUGCUGAUCCUAAAACUGAUAAACGCCUGGGCAAAGUCGGAUUUUAA